AUGGACAAAGAUGAGGCGCAGGGCUACCUAAAGUCCCUUCUGAACAAGAACCUGCGCGUGUCCACCACGGAUGGGCGCCUCUUCUGGGGAUCAUUCAAGUGCACCGACGCGAACAAAAAUGUCGUCUUAUCCCAUACAUACGAGUACCGACAGCCGUCGGCCGAUGCCAUGCACCGCCAUCUAGAGGAGACGGCCGAGGGAACCGUCACGGUCGACAUGACAUCGCGCUAUCUCGGCCUGGUCGUGGUGCCGGGACAUCACAUUGUCAAGAUGGAACUGGAGCAAUUUGUGAGCCAGAUCAAGAAAUGA